UUUUGUUUACCGGUGAAGCGAGCGGUCGCGUUUCUUCACGUUUUUGGGAAUUUUCGCAAUUUUUUUCAAGUUUUCCCGCAAAAACUCCCAAAACCAGUUGAUAAAGUGUCAUUAGUGGCAGUGGUCCAUCCGAAACGUAAUGGAUACGGAAGAUCCGAACGUUCUUCCGGGGUUUUCGAUCGAAAAUGCCGAUCUGGACUUCGACGACGAUGACGACUCGCGGAAGGGUAAGAAGAAGAAGGGCGGAGGAUUUCAGGCCAUGGGCCUGAGCAUGCCGAUCCUGAAGGCCAUUCUGAAGAUGGGCUACAAGGUGCCAACACCGAUUCAGCGUAAAACCGUGCCGCUGAUUCUGGAGGGCCGUGAUGUGGUUGCUAUGGCUAAGACAGGAUCGGGAAAGACGGGUUGUUUUUUGAUUCCGUUGUUUGAGAAGCUGAAGCAGCGGGAGAUCAAGUCCGGUGGUGCUCGUGCGCUGAUUUUGACUCCGACGAGAGAAUUGGCCAUUCAGACGUUUAAAUUUAUCAAGCAGCUCGGGAAGUUCACGGACUUGAAGACGAUUCUGGUGCUGGGAGGGGACUCGAUGGAUUCGCAGUUUGCGGCCAUUCAUACGCUGCCGGAUAUAAUUGUGGCCACACCCGGUCGGUUCCUGCACUUGUGUGUGGAGAUGGAUCUGAAGCUGUCGGCGGUGCAGUACUGCGUGUUUGACGAGGCGGAUCGCUUGUUCGAGAUGGGAUUCGGUGAGCAGCUGACGGAGACACUGCGGAGAUUGCCGGAGGCGCGGCAGAUGGUGUUGUUUAGUGCCACACUGCCCAAGCUGAUGGUGGACUUUGCCAAGGCGGGCCUGAGCGAUCCCACGCUGAUUCGACUGGAUGUGGAAUCGAAGAUUCCGGAGGCGCUGGAUUUGAAAUUUAUCUACUGUAGGCCGGACGAACGGUAUGCCACCCUGUUGAUUUUGCUCCGGGAGGUGAUUCCUAAAGGGGCCCAAACCGUGCUGUUCGCCGGCACACAGCAUCACGUCGAGUUGAUUUCUUUGAUACUGACCCGAGCGGGAAUUUCAAACACCUACGUCUUCUCGAGUCUGGACGCCUCGGCACGUAAGAUCAACACGGCCAAGUUCACCAUGAAGAAGGUGAACGUCCUGGUUGUCACAGACAUUGCCGCCCGUGGACUGGACAUUCCUUCGCUGGACUACGUGGUGAAUGUGCACUUUCCGGGAAAACCGAAGCUGUUCGUCCAUCGGGUGGGUCGUUGUGCCCGUGCUGGCCGCAGUGGAACCGCCUUCAACAUCUUCUCCAACGACGAUAUCGCGCACAUGAUCGACCUGCACAUGUUCCUCACGCGGCCGCUGGUGCUGAACGACACACGCCGGAUCGGAUUGGCUCCACCGGAUAUGGUCGAAGCGGAACAUCAGCUGAUACUAGAUUACGUCAAGCACAUCGAUCUGGCCACGGCGUUCCGCAUCAGUAACAACGCAUAUAAGCAGUACAUUGUGACUCGGCCGGCGGCUUCAGCCAGCGCCAACAAGAAGGCUAAGCAGUUCAAGAUAGGGGAGCUGCAAGUGCUGGAAGAUUUCGGCAAGGUGAUGGAGAAGCUGAACGAGGACAAGAAGGUCGUCAAGCUGAAGAAGAAAGGGAAAAAGGCUGCUGCUGAUCAGAAAAAGCAACCGACUGUGGACCCGGAUGAAUUCCGCAGUAGUUUCCUCGCCCAGAUGAAAAGCUACCGGCCGCAGUCGACCAUUUUCGAGCUGAACCCCAAGAACCACGCCAAGGAGGUGGUGGUGAUGGCCGAGAAGCGCAGCAAAGAUACCAUUAAAAUCGAAAAACACAAACAGAAACUGCUGGAACUGGAGCUGGAGGAGCAGAAAAAGGCCUCGGCAGCCAGUGUGCCAGACGACGAGGAAGAACAUCCGAGGAAAAAGAAACGCAAACCCAUCAAAGAUGAUGAGAACUUUAUCGCCUAUCAGUCCAAGGAUCACGUCGAGGAGGACGGUUAUGCGAUCAACAGCUUCGCCAAGGAGGCCAAUUCGGCCGAGUUAUCCGUUAUCGGAGACACGGCCGAAGAUCAGCGGUCCCAUCAGCGGUUGCAAAAGUGGGAUCGCAAGAAAAAGAAGAUGGUCAACGUGGUCAAUCCCAAGGCCGGCAAGAUUCGCACGGAACACGGCGUCUGGAUUGCGGCUUCGUACAAAACCGGUCGGUACGACAAGUGGAAGGAGCGUACCAAGGUUGACGAACAGAUGGCGCGCCAACGGCAGGACAGUGAUGCCAGCGACGGCGAAGAUGCCGCCGUGUCCGUGCAGAAGAACGACUAUCCGCAUACGCACUGGGGACGGCACAACGCCAAGCUGGAUCAGAAGAAGCAGCGCGAUCUGGGUCUGAAGUCGGCCGAUCAGAUCGUCAAGCAGCGGAUACAGAAGGAGACCAAGCUCGCGAAGGAGAAGACCGCUCGGUUGCGCAAUUUGGCCCGGAAGAAGAAGUCGCUCGGCAAGAAGAUGGCCAAGUCGAAGAAGAAGUAGAACACCAGGUAAGUCGUUAGGUUUCUAUGUUGAGCGGUUAAUAAUAUGUUCUGUAAUAUUUGAAUAAUUUA